GGUAUGUUUUUAUUGAUAUUAAUUAAGGCUUUUUGAGAAACUUUAUUUUAUAUACGGUAAUAAACGAUUGGAUAUGAAUAAUUAAACGAAAUAACUACACACACGAAACCGUUGUCUUGUGUUAAUUGAUAGGGAGUACGAAAAAUGGAGGCUGUACUCAGAGCAAACAUUCGGUUACAGACUCCAGCAAACCAAUUGGUGAACUAUGUUAUUUACAAUGGAUGUAUCCAAGGAAACAAAUUACAGGAGUUCAUCAUGCAUUCCUCUACAAAUGUGAGAUACGGACUUCAAAUACUUGCACGAUUGCCUCUGCUGAUCGCAAUACAUUUCUGGUUUUUACUCGGCCCUUAUUCGGAAAGCAGCAUUUUAUGGAUACCUUGUUUACUAGUCAGAUACUUCGUGGGAUAUACAAUGGCUCGUGCUUGGAUUUUCAACAUCAAAACUUUGAUCAUCUUCUACAUAUUGAUAUUCUUAGAACUUACAGUUGCAGUGAUAGAAGAAUCGUUUUAUUGGUCAAUUCAAAACGAGGCAAAUGAAGUUUGUCAUAUAUCAAGUGUUAUCAUGUGGGGAGAUGUAAAAGAUUGCUGGUGGGUACCAGCAUUUGGUGUUCUAUUGCUUGAAACUAUUUACUAUUGGCUGCAUGUGUACAAUAAAACGCAGAUUAAACAUUCAAGUCAGCUUAAACUUUACGGUUUUAUCUUUAUUAUCUUUCUCGUACCUUUUAUAUUGCCAAUAUUUGGUAUUCUUCCUAAUCUUGUUUCUACAAUUGGCUACUUUAUUUACAAGGUGCGUUUGGCAGUCAUUUUGACCAAAGGAACUUCUAAAAUGGAGGCCGUAGAUGUAACAUGUGAUAAACUUGCAUUGCGUGAAGAAGUUAGAAAAUUUGCCUCCCUCGAAGAAGAAGCUCGGCCAAUAUCAAAACAAAAAAUAGCUGUUUUACAGGAAAGAGUUGAACUGAAUCGGAAUGAAGCAAAUAUAAUGACAAACUUUACAAAUAAUAAAGGUGUAAGAGAUAUAUUCUUUAUUUUUGGAGUUUUGUACUAUGGGAUAGCAUUGAUUCUAGAGCGUGUCUGGUAUGACAGCAAUAACAUUUCUGAUCCUGUAUUUUUGAACUCUGUGUGUAAAUUUAUACUAAGAUGGUCAACAAGUGUUGUUCUUAUUCUAACUUUAUCAAACUGCUUGAUUUUCAUAGAGAGAAUUGUUACCUGUCUACCAGUAUGGUUUGUAAGCUUGGAAACAACUUUUAUAGAUGCGAUAAAUAUACAAAUUGAUAGCAAUAUUGCCCAUUUUACAUUUUGUACAUUAUUAAUUGAAUCUGGCAUCCCUUCUUCAGAUACUGAUUUUGAUUUAAAAGCUAUUAUGAUAAUUGUCGUGAUAUUCUUUUAUUUCAUAUUACAAAAAGCAAUAGUAAUUCCUGGUCGCAAAAUUCUAGAGAUAAGCAAUCGAGGUUCAGUUCCUACUAUUUGGUAUUAUUUAAGAGUGUUUAUUGUUUUUCUCGUAAUGGUAGUUAUUCCUUUAGCAUUAUUUACUUUCUUUGCAGGUGAGCUUUUUCAAGAAACAUGGCUCUUGUUUUUUUCAUCCGGGAGUAUUAUUCUAAUAUCAGAUGUGAUGUUUUUCGCAAUUGAAUUGGUUUUUGUUUCUUUGACAUGGUAUACGGAUGAAUAUUUACCUGCAUUAGAGCGUUGCAUACAAUAUACACAUAUUGCUAAAGAAUGCAGCUACAUAAUUCUAUUGCCUUUACAUUUUUAUGGCAGGUACACAUUAUCAGCAUUUAGAGCAUGGUGGGUUCUCCGAGUCGGUAAUUUGAUUUUAAAUAAUGUUGCAUUGCUAACCCUUUUUAUUUCGCAACGGAAAAAGGAGUACGAUUAUAAUAAAGCUAUGUUACUGUUAUUUAACAGUCUUUCUGAUGUUUCAUACGCAUCUUUAAAUGAGGUUGAUCACUUAGAUCAUACAUGUUCAAUCUGUUUUGCAUCAAUUAAAGAUGGUAAAGAACUCCCGUGCAUGCAUGUUUUCCAUGCAGAAUGUUUGAGACGAUGGUUUAAGGUAAGGACAGUUUGUCCUACCUGUAAUUUAUCGUUGGCAUAAACAUCAAUAUAUCUACAUUUUUCAACGAGCGAAACAUGAUUAAAUAGGCGGCUCGACAGUUGAUUUAUUUGUAUGUAAACAUACAAACGAAAGUUUUUUGCUAAACUUAUCCUAUCCUGGUGUUAAGAGUAUAUUGAAUACUUAAUACUGUUGUAAAUCAAAUUGAGUCAAUGGCAUUUUCAUUUUUUCCGUUUUGGUAGAACUCAAGUUCAUGCGUGUCAUGCAUGUUAAGCAUUUGAUUAUUUAAAUCAUUUUGUUGAUAUAACUGAUUCUGAUCGAAUACUAUAUAUCAAUUGAAAUGAUAGACAUUAGCUUGAAAUUUAUUUAUGUGGUUUUGUUUUUGGCAAGCUGUAUGAUAAUUAUGCAAUUUGUUGAAGUGUUUUUUUUUUUCUGUUUUUUUUUAUA